AUGGCUGUGACAAACCUCACAUACCAACCACAGUUCCAGCUCCUUGGCUUAAUGGAUGGUGCGGAUGCCCACCCGCUGCUGUUUCUGCUUUUUCUUAGCAUCUACCUGCUCAAUGCCCUGGGCAACCUAAGCAUGGUGGUGCUUGUAAGGUCGGAUGGGGCUCUGUGUUCCCCCAUGUAUUAUUUCCUGGGUCACCUGAGCCUUGUGGAUGUCUGCUUUACUACAGUCACUGUCCCCAGACUGCUGGCCACCUUGCUACAGCCUGGCCAGGCUGUGUCCUUCCAGGCUUGCUUUGUCCAGAUGUACUUCUUUGUAGCACUGGGUAUCACUGAGAGCUACCUCUUGGCAGCCAUGUCCUACGACCGUGCAGUGGCUGUGUGCCGGCCGCUGCAUUACAGUGCCAUCAUGACGCCCUGGCGCUGCCUUUUGCUGGUGGCUGCAUCCUGGGCUGUGUCCCAUCUGCACUCCCUGCUACAUACGCUGCUCAUCUCUGCGCUCUCCUACCCAUCUUCUGCCCCAGUGCGCCACUUUUUUUGUGACAUGACAGUGAUGCUGAGCUUGGCAACCUCUGACACAUCAGCUGCAGAGACUGCCAUCUUUUCAGAAGGCCUGACAGUGGUACUGACCCCUCUGCUCCUUGUAUCCCUCUCCUAUACACGCAUCCUUGUGGCAGUGCUCAGAGUGCAGACCACAGGGGGCCGGCGCCGUGCAUUCUCCACUUGUGGUGCCCAUCUGGUGGUGGUGUCACUUUUCUUUGGCUCAGUCCUUUCUGUCUACUUCCGGCCAUCAUCCUCCUACUCAGCUCGCUAUGACCGCAUGGCCAGCGUGGUCUAUGCAGUGGUCACACCAACCUUGAACCCUUUUAUCUACAGUCUUCGUAAUAAAGAGGUCAAAGGAGCCCUGAAAAGGGGUUUCAGAUGGAGAGCUGCAGCCCAAGUUGAGUAA